CGAGUAGUUGCCCCCAGCACUCUCAAUGAAAAAAAAAAAAAGAAAAAAAAAAAAAAGAACCGAGAACUUCAUAUAUUUAGGAAGUAUCCAAACCCUUGUGAAAGUGACUUGCUGUGCACAAAGCAUUUUGACAAUGUUCUAGAUUCAACCCUAGGGUCCAGUGUCACUAUUCUUGGAAGAGAGCGGGCUAUCAGAAAGGGUUCUAUGUCAUCAUAGCUGAAGAAGGAGCUAGGACAGAGUUAAUCAGGUCAUGGACGGAAUCCGUGAAUCAUAGACUGCAAAAAACGUCGCCUUAUCCACUUCAACAACUUUGCUAAUAUGCUUUAUGGAACCGACCCGAAUGAAAAAUAUGUACGCCGCAACAUCUGCAUUUGAAUCGGUUAAUGGGAUGGCUGGCGUCACACCACAAACCCCUGCUACAGCCUACGGCGUCCAGAAUGCAAGCGCGAUAUAUCUCCAUAUUCACGAAACCUCAGCCAAGAGAAUACAGACCCUUGAUUAUCUACGAAAGGCCCAUGAAGGGCGAGUUUAUUGGUUUAACACUAUCCAUUUUACCCGGGCUGAUGUUUCCCGACUCCCAUAUUUUGAGAAGCGAAAGCUUGCCCGUCGAGCGAUCAAUUAUCUGCUGUUAGGGUUGUCCGUACCUCCAAUCCUAGAUGUCAGCUCCAACCCGUUUGAAUAUCUCCGAUCAUUUAACGCGCUCCUUAUUGAAUUCGAGGCAUUCCAGCAAAUUCACCCGGCCGAUGGCGGUUCUGCAUCGACUCUCGCGCGGGCGCGAAUUCCACAAAUGUUCAAGCGAUCAACUCACACUGGCACCAAAGCUCGGCGAGCAAGCUCAGCGACCGAAAUAGGACUGCCCAUGCAAUCAAGCGAUCAGUCAGAGCUCAAAGCAAUGACGGGGAAUAUCGCGUCUGCCACGAAUGCUGCCUCCGCAGUGGCCACCUUUCCAUCCAUUUCCGAAUCUUCAGAUCUACUUCCGGGGGAAGAAUAUACUUAUCUCUUGACCCCCACACUACCCUUCGACCCGGACUUUUUCGAGACAUAUGCGACAUUAUGCGACGUCCUCAUUGACUGCUAUAGUAGAUUGAUGAGUUUAGUGUCGAGCCCUUCGCUUUGCACCGGUGCAUUGGGAGAAAUGUUUGCGAAGGCAGAUUCACGGUUACGGAAAGUGAUAAUGUCAAGUGUUGUGCGUGAAUUCGAAGAUGCAAGCCGUAGUAGUGUCAAGGGUGAAGUUGCAGGAGUUAGUCGAGUGGUCCUGGGGGGACUCUUAGGCUAGAUUAGCAGACGGGUGCAAGCCCAAUUUUGGAGAAUAUGCCUAGUUAAAAAUGGGGGAGCAAUAUCUUCGCCUCAACCUACAGGAGUCAAUUCCGGACAAAAACCGGUAGCAUACCGGUAACUAAUGCAUAUGGCAGCCGCAAAGUUUCAAUUAUUCUAAUUUGAGGGACACGGGAAAGGACAGAGGAAGGUUCCAUGAAUGGCGAAUUGUGUCUUCUCUUCAAA